GCGGCGGCGCCUCCCCCGGUUGGCGGCCCCCGCCUCCCCCCGCCUCAGCGCCUUAAAUGCCUCGGCCGCGGCGGCGGCAACAAAGGCGGGCGGCGGCUGUGAGUGAGGGGCCGGCCGAGAGUCGGCGGUGAGCGACCGAGGGGCGGCGGGUAGAGAACUCAAUUAAAAGGGACAUGGGAGCAUGAAGAAUUGCAUGGAGAGCCCAGAUGUGAUGCCUGUGGUGGAAUCUCCUACAGCUCUUACCUGGCAAUCUGCUGCUGCCUGGAAGGGAUUGACAGGAACCUCUGUGGAUAGCAAAGGAACCUGGAGAUGAAGCACAGUGAUAUUUUGGAAAGAAACCAAGAAUUGCUAGAAGCAAACCUUCCCUGCUUGUAUGUUUACAAAAUCAUGAUAGACACAGUUGAAUUAACAGGCUGGGUUAAACUUGACUCCAGAGGGACAGACUUUUAGCUUGGAAAGUGUUUUAUCACCUUUCAUCUGGGGUAUCCAGCAUGUGGUUGUGAACAUGCCGAGAGGGAAGCCUUGAAUUUUCAAGGUUUUGGUGAGAUUGCUCACCAGGUGCCUCAGAAAAAGCCACCCUAAGCUGUCGUGGGAUGAGAGGCUUCCUGUCCUGGAUUGGUGGCUGCCUAGCAGAGUGAAACUGUAAAGUCUAAACCACAUUUAUCUAUUUUGUGAAGACUGAUGGAUUCAGGUAUUUCUUGAACUCUUCAGCACAUCACAGAACUGUUUUGGGAUAUCCUGCUUAACCCCUCAGAGGAAAAUCUGCCAACAGCCAAAAAUGACUUGAGUUGGAGAGCUGCAGCUUUAUCCACAGGGCAAGCUUCCAGUGUCCCAUCUGGGGAUGCACCGUGCACUAUGGUUCACAUCAAUGUGUUGAAAAAGUUCAUGUGUGUUCUUGUGGUGGUCCUGAUAGCACUGACAGUUUGCCUGUGGAGAGAAACCAGAAGAAGCUACUAUGAUCCUUUGAAGACCAGGAGUGAUGAUUUGCAGGGGCACAGGAGUUUGGAGAAAUGGAACACUGUUAAAUCAGAAGGCCUUUUCCAUGAAGCAGCCAGUGAACUGGGGCAGGUAUCCAAACUGUGGCUUGGUACCCAAAACAAAGUAAAAGGCAGCACCUCUGAAACAGCUGAAAAGUCCAAGAAAGCAGCCUUUGGGAAGGUAUGGGAUAAGGACAGCUCAUCCAGGAAUCUCAUACCCAGGCUGCAGAAGGUCAGGAAAAACUACCUGGCCAUGAACAAGUACAAUGUUACUUACAACGGGAAGAGGAAUGCCAAGCUCAGCCCAGAGAAGUUGCUGUGCCAGCUGCGGGACAGAGUCAAUGUGAGCAUGAUCCAGAGGUCAGAUGGUCCUUUUGGUACCUCUGAGUGGCAGCAGUACCUGCCAGGGAAAAGCCUCAGUGAAGCAGUGGGACACCUGGGUCUCUGUGCUGUCGUGUCCUCAGCGGGGUCUCUGAAAUCAUCUCACUUGGGACAAGAGAUAGACAGCCACGACGCCGUCCUGCGGUUCAACGGGGCUCCUGUCAGGGGCUUUCAAGAUGAUGUGGGGCAGAAGACAACAAUUCGUCUUGUCAAUUCUCAGGCUCUGUGUAGGCACAAGAAGGCCAGCUCCAUGCUGCUGCUGUGUCUUUGGAGUGAGAGGCAGGAACAGCUCAGCCAGUGCAGGUCAGCAAGGAGAGGUGUGCCAAGGGAUGAGUUGUGCCUGCCCCAGAGAUGGCUUGUAACUGUUGAAGAGCAGCAGUUCCUGAGGGAACCAUUAUAUAACACUGGAAUCUUAAUUGUCUGGGAUCCAGCACCGUAUCAUGCUGAAAUUCGUGAGUGGUACAGAAAACCAGAUUACAACUUUUUUGAAAGCUAUAAGGCGUAUCGUAGAGCACAUCCAGAGCAGCCCUUCUAUAUCCUGAAUCCCAAAAUGCAGUGGCAACUCUGGGAUAUUCUGCAGGAGAAUUCCCUGGAGCAUAUUCAGCCUAAUCCACCAUCAUCAGGAAUGCUUGGCAUUGUGCUCAUGAUGACGCUGUGUGACCAGGUGGAUGUCUACGAGUUCCUCCCCUCCAAGCGGCAGACAGACAUCUGCCACUAUUACCAGAAGUUCCACGACCACGCCUGCACCAUGGGAGCCUACCACCCCCUCCUGUUUGAGAAGAACCUGGUGAAGCACAUGAACCAGGGCACAGAUGAGGACAUCUACACUCAUGGCAAAGUCACCCUACCUGGCUUCCGGAAAGUGCAUUGCUGACAGAUUGGUUUUACUGGGUUUAUUUUCCUUGACUUUCGAAGCACUUUUUAAAUCAGGGUUGUCAGAUUUGUUAGGUCUAAGCACUGGUGUGUUUUGACAGCUCUUCCAUGUAGCAAGGCUUGCUCUUAGGACUUUGUUGACCAACUCUGAGCUGUAAGGCCCUCUGUGGUACAGCCACUGACCUGCAUGAGUCCCUGCAAUAAAUGGACUCCCAGUGGAGCCAGGCUCUUGCAGCACGUGGAUACCUCUGGCUUCAUCUCAGCUGAUGACGGGGUAGGGGAGGCACAGCAGAGGCUUUCUAAGCAGAGAUUGCACAAGUCAGGAUCAUACAAUGAACAUAGUUCAGUUUGCUUCAAAGAGGCUGUGACAGCCAAAAACCUGGGCCAUUGGGAAACAUGAAAAUUUGUUUAAUAUUUGUUCCUGUAGUCAGGGGUUCUUCAGAUUAAGGAUGAUUUAUGGAAAUGUUGUCAAGCUGUGUAAUGAUAAGUGACACUUCUAAUCCAAAAUGUUUGAUUUUUUUAAACAGUCUGUGAACUUCCUUCCCAAUUGUAAGACUUCUGAAACCACUCAGGUGACAUUUUUGGCAAAGGAAGAGGAAAGCAAUUCAUAAUUCAAUGAAUAAUGAAUCUUGCAAGAUUUUUUAAUCUUCUUACUUUUUUUUUAAUAAUUUAAAAUAAAUUUUAGUAAUCAUUUACUUUUCCAGUACAGUGCUGGGCUUGGUACAGAAGAACCCUUAUUAUCAGAAAGGUUUUGGGAAGAUGCUCCAAGGCACAAAUGGGAGAAUGCACUGGAAGUUGGUGCCUUUUUCCAGCUCUCUGCUGCUCUGCCUUUGCAAUUGUUGAAUUACUUGCUGUACCCAUUAACACAAACACCACAGAGCUGCUGCUAGAUGAGUUCCAGCCCUCUGCAGGCCAACAGAGGGGAUCUCUUGACUGCUGUGUGCUUUUCUGCAUAGGUGGGGAGCAGGUUUGCCACUUCCAUACUUGAGGAGUGGUGGGGAGGGAGAGUGUGCUCUGCUUCUCAUGCUGAAACACAGGCAGAGUUGAGAAGGGCAGCUUCUUCUGCUCCAGGGACUCCUGUGGCUGCAAAAUGGAAGGGAUAGCUCUGCAAUCUCAGGGUGUUGGUGAGAACACCUUCCCUGUCUUCUGUACUCGUGUGUUUCAUCAGGUCUGUAAAGAAAGCUUUCUCCUGUUUUGAAUAAAUCCUGUGAAGUCA